UUUAGUGUUUGAAGGAGUUGUUAGUCAAGUCCUAUCAACUACAUUAGGUAAUUUUAUUGAAGGACUAACUUCUGACCAAUUGAAACUUGGAAUUAUAAAUGGACAAAUUGAAUUAAAUAAUUUAGAACUUAAAAAAUCAGCGUUAGAUUUUCUUAAUCUUCCUGUUUCUAUUACUAGAGGUGUAUUAGGAAAUUUAAAAGUAAUAAUUCCAUGGUCUGAUUUAUUAAACAAACCAAUAGAAGUAGUACUUAGUGAUAUUGUUGGUCUAGUAGAACCACAAAAGAUCUUUACAUAUAAUGAAGAAAAAGCAAAAGCUGAUAAAGAAAAUGAAAAAAAAAUGAAAAUUGUUGAAUAUGAAAUUCAAAAAGCAUUUGAAGAAACAAAGAAUCAAAGUGAUGGAUUUGUAACUCAACUUAUUGGAAAAGUUAUUGAAAAUAUUAAAAUCACGAUUGAAAAUAUUCAUUUUCAAUUUAUUAGACCAAAUAAUCAAGAAAAAGCAUUAACAAUUGGAUUUUGUAUUGAAUCAGUUUUAGUUAAUUCAAUUAAAAACCCUAUUAUUAAAGGAGUACCAAUAUUCAAAUAUAAAUCUGUUUCAUUAAAUAACUUUAGUGUUUAUGUAGUUCCACAAUUAAGUAUUAUUAACUUUAGUCAAUACGAUACUUUACAUUUUAUUCUUUUAAUGAGGUCUUUAAUCAUUACACCUUUUAAUAAACAAAAUGGUUAUAAAGAACAUCUUCUUAUUUCUCCAACAUCUUUUGAAGUUAUUGCGGCAAUUAAUAUUUCAAAAGGAUUUAAAAUUGAAUAUUCUAAAGUACUUGGUCAAGUAAACAUUACUGAUAUGAAAAUUUCAUUAGAUAAAACACAAUAUAUUGAACUUAUAUCAUUAUUAGAUAUGUUUUUUGAAUAUGGAAUGUCAACUAAAUAUCUUAAGUAUAGACCUCAAAAUUCUCAAGUUAAAAAAGAACCAAAGAAAUGGUGGAAAUAUGCAUUUAAUGUUAUUCUUGAAGAUGUUAGAAAAAAGAAUCAACCUCAUUGGAAUGGUAAAGAUAAUGAACAUUAUAUGGAAUUAUAUAAAAAAUCAUUAGGAUAUACAUUUUUACCAAUAAUAACAAAAAAUGAAAUUAAAGAAAUGGAACAGUUAGAAAAUACUAUGGAAUUAGAAGAAAUAUUACACAACAGAGAACAUGCUCGUUUAGAGUUAAAUACUUUUCUUAAAGAACAUCCUGAAUAUAAUAAAAAGAAAUCUUUUAUAGAAAGAAUGAAAGAAUAUUUCUUAAGUUUUUUUAUUAAACAAGAACCUUCUUUUGAUACUAAAACUUUAAAUAGUAUUAGUGAAUUUACUGUUGAUCCAAAUGGACUUCAUGGAGAGCCAGCAGAAUAUGAAAAAAUGAAAUUUGGAAUUUGGCUAAAAAAACUUCAAAUUAUUUUGACUGAAGAUUCAAAAGAAAUAAUUAAUAUUUCUAUAAAUGAUAUUUCUGCAAAAGCUAUUAUUCGUCCUCAAGGAUUAUUGUUAUGUGCUGAUGUUCUUGGAUUACAUAUCUGUGAUAAUUCAAUUCAACGAGCUUGGAAUAAAGUACUUAAUAAAGUAACUGAAACCCCAUUAAUUCAUACUAUUGUUGACGUUCAGCCACUUGACAAGAAAGUCGAUUUAAGAGUAAGUGCAAAUGUUCAACCAAUUGAUAUUAUUCUUACUAAAGAAUUUAUUAUGAAUAUUGCCCAUUUUGCAAUACUUCCUAAUCCAUCAUCUUUAGCUAAAGCAAAACAAUUUGCAGCUGAUAAAUUUGCUGAUACAUGGAAUAAAGUCCAAGAGACAACUAAAGGUAUAAAAUUAAAUGAUAAUACUUCUCAAGUUAUAAAACGUCAGAUAUUAGAUAUUUCUGCAAAUGUGAUUGCACCUAAAAUUGCAAUAUUACUUAAUGGAGAUGAAGAAAAAACAAAAUCAGUUCUUAUUGAUUUGGGAAAAAUCAAUAUACAAUCAAAAUCUGAAGAAAAGUAUGAUGUAUUUGACAUUAACAUUAAAGACGUUUCUGUAUCAAAUCAAGUAGUUUGUUCAAAGGAAAAUCUUCCAAUUGAACAUCAAACUUAUUUAAUAAAACCAAUAUCUGUUUUUAUUCAAUUUGGUAAUUGUGUAAAUAAAACUAAAGAACUUCCUCAGAUAAAAUUAACUACAAUGGUUAAUCUUAUAGGAAUAGAAUUUAGUGUUCAAAGGUAUCAAUAUUUAAUGGAAUUUGUUCCUAUUUGGAGUAAAGGAUGGGAGAAAUUAUCAUCAAAUAAAAUAGAACAAAAUGAAAUUACUGAAACUGAUAAUGAAAUGGAAGAAUAUUUAAAAAUACUUGAAAAAAGUAAAGAAGAAGAUUUUAAAGCUAUGAGAGUUAAAAUUGAUCAGUCUAAAUUAAUGUUAAUUGAACUUGGAAUUCAAAGUGCAGAAAUUGAAUUAAAACAAAAAGAAGAUGAAACAAAGAAUAUUUUUAAGUUGAGUGUUGGUGAUAUUCAAUGUUGUAUUAAUCAAAGUUCAUUUGAAAUGGAUAUUCAAUCUCAAAUUGGAAGAAUUAAAGUUGAUGACUGUAUUGUUAAUGAUGGAAAAUCAUUUAUUAUUUCGAGUGAAUAUUAUAAUACUAAUCAAUUUAUAAAUGCAAGUGUUAAUAUUAAACAAAAAGAAGCUAUUAAUUAUAAUGGAGUUGAUAUGGACAUUCAAGUUCAUAUUGAAGAUUUUCAUAUUGCAAUUAGACCAGAGACAUUGGGACAAUUAACUCUUGUGGCACUUAGUCUUGUACCACCAUCAACAAAUGAAAAAACACAGAAGAAUAUAAAAGAUAGUCAAGAAAUUAAUCAAAGAAUAAAAGAAGAUGAGAAAGAAGAUGAAAUGAUAGAAAUUGCUGAAGAAUAUAAAUUAAAUAAAAAUCAUGACAACAAAACUUCUAGUCUCAUAGAAAAAUUACAAAAGAGAGAUACAUUAAAUAUGAAUAAAAAGAUGAUAAUUAAUCUUUCUAUUAGAAGAUGUGGUAUUAUUGUAUUAAAUGAAGUUAAAGAAGUUAUGAAAGCUGAGGUAGAAGAAAUUACAACAGGAAUUGAUAUGUUUAAUUGGGGAAUGAGUAUUAGAAGUAAAGUACAAAAUAUAGUUAUUGUUAAUAUGAUUACUGAACAAAUAGAAAAUAAAUAUUUAUUAAAAUAUACACAAGAACAACCAUUACUUCUUGCUAAGAUUAAAGUAAAUAAUGCAAUGAAAAAGAUAACAAUCGGAGCGAAUAUUAAUAGAAUUAAUAUUAUUUUUGGAAUGUCUUUAAUUAAAGAGUUAUAUGCUCCUUUUAAAAAUGAAACAUUUAUAAAAGCAAUUCAACAGAGUCAAGAAUACGUCCCGAGCAUGGAAGAACUUCAAAAUGAAUAUAUUCAACAACAAAAUCUAAACAAUACUUAUAGUCAAGGUAUUGUUUCAUUAAAAAAUAAAAAUUGGAGACAAUUAAAACCUCAAACAAUGAAAAUUCAAUGUGAAAUUGCAGGACCUUCAAUUAAGAUUCCAAUAAAAGAUCAUCCAAUAAAUUGUAUUGAAUUAAACCUUGGUAAUUUGUAUAUAAAAAGUAAUGUUAUUAACGGUGAAAAUAUUCAAUAUAAUGAAGAAUAUUAUACUCCAAAUAUUGAAAAUAUGAAUAUUGAAAUUAAUUCUAUCACAUUAACUACUUUUAUUGAUAAUCAUAAAGCUUAUAUAGUUAAAAAUGUGUGUGUUAUAACUAAUAUACUUACACCAAAAUUCCCUGAUUUUUUCACUGAUGAAAUGAAAGAAUUUCUUCCAGUUAAUAUUAAUUGUUCAAUAAGUAACAUUGAAACAUCAAUAAGUUAUAACCAAUUAAAAACAAUAUUCGACUUUGUUAAUUUCAUACAAGAAAAUAUUAAAUCGACUUCAGAGAACCAAACAACAAAACAAUUAUCAAGCAAGAAAGAAACUAUGGAUGAAAUAGAAAUUAAAAAUAAGCAAUAUAAAGAAUGGCCUCCAUUACCACAACAGAAAUUAAAGAUGAUUAUUGAUAUUAAAUUAAGUACAAUAAGUUUAUUAUUACGAAAAGAGUAUGGAGAUUCAGAAAAUGAUAAAUUAAUGUUGUUAGGUAUUAACAAUCUUAAUACCAAUAUAAAGCAGUCAAUUAAUGAAUUUUUUGAUAUUAAUACGAUUCUUGGAAAUGUUAUUAUUGAUGAUCUUAGAACAACCCCAAAACCAUUACUUGUUAAUAGAGUAUUUGGAACAAUUGAUAACACUAAUUUAUUAGAGCUUAAAUUCAAAAUGUGUCUCAAAGAAAAUUACAUUUCUAUUGAUCAUUUUACUCUUGACCAUUUAACGUUGUGUCUUUAUCCUGAGUUUAUUGGAGAUACAUUAGCAUAUAUAAAUUCAAUAAUUGAACUUUUACCAAAAGAUGAGACAAACAAUGAACAAAUAAAAAUUCAAAAUGAUAAUUAUAUUCCAGUAGAUACACUCCUUGAAGCAACAACAAUUAAUCUUCUUCAAAAAGUCGAAUUUGAUGAAAGAAUGGCUAAGCUAGUAUUUAAAGAAAAGAAAGGUUUAAUAGACAAAUUAAAAACUAAAACAAAUAAUGAAAAAACAGAAGAUCAUAUUAACAAUUUGACAAUUAUUAAAUUAGUUGAAUUGAUUUAUAAACAAGCCAAUUUUACUGAUGUUAAACAAGAAAUUGUAGUUAAUAAUAAAUUAAAAGAACUUAAGUUAAAACAAAUACAAGGAAACGAAUUAGUAAAAUUUGUCAGUGAAAAAUUACAAUUUCCUAAUGAUAUUGUAGUAAUGUUAAUGCAUGAGUUAUAUAAUCUCAAAUUAAUUCUUCGGUCUGAUGUAAGAGAAGAAAAUAUUUUUGAAAAUGGAGAAAGAAAAUUCAUUAUUAAUCCUUCAGUUGAAGAAUAUUUUAGUACUUUAAAACAAUCAAAUUUUGAAGGAGACAAUCAAUUAAAUGUUCCUGAAUAUAUUUCUCAAACUCAAUACAAUUUAUUUGUCCAUGGAGAAAUUAAAGGAAUUAAUAUAGUUCUUAUUGUCGAUCCUUAUGAAGAAAAAAGUUCUUACAUCAAAGCGGGUAUUUCAUUAGUAAGUGAUAUAAAAAUGAAACAAGGAAAGAGACCAGUACUUAGUGCGAAUAUCAAUUUAAAUGAUAUUGACCUUCAUCGAGGAAUUGUUAAAAAUCUUAUUCAUAAAGAAAGAAAUAAUGAAAUUAUUUCAAAUACAUUAAAAAUGAACUUACUUAUCAAGUUAUGGAAUGAGGAAAAUGAUGAAAUGUGUAUUGUUACUCAUAUAAAUACAUUAAAUGGUAUGAAAAUAUUCAUUAGUUUCAAUGAUAUUCAAACUAUUCUUUCUUUUGUUGAUAAUUUAAAUAAAUCUAUCUUAAUAACUCAACAACCAAUUCAUACUAAAGAAGAAAGUGAUGAAGAUGAAGAUACUGUUAGUCAAUAUUACCAAAUUGUUCCUUCUAUGAAAAAGAAAAUAUCAGCGGAUAUUUCUAUUCAACCAAUAGAAGUAUGUCUUGUUAAUGAUUUACAAGGAAGAACAUUGCCACUCUUACUUACUAAAGUUAAUUUACUUACAGCAAGUGCUUUUGUUGAAGAUGAUAACAUUAUUGGGUCUUUAAUGUCUUCGAUUCAAGUUGAUAUGUUUAACCAUCUUCAAAUGAAAUAUGAACCAUUAAUAAAAGAAUUUCCAAUUGAAACUAAAGUUUCUAUUAGUCCUGUUUUUAUUAGUCAAAAUAUAUUUACUGAUAUUUCUAUUGGAGAUAUUCAAUUAAAUAUAAGUCAUGGAACCUUAACAUCAAUACUCGAAACUGUAGGAAUUUUACAAAAACAUUCUCAACAAGAAACUUCAUCAAUUGCCUAUGUUUCAUAUCUUAAUGAAACUGGAGAAGAACUUCUUCUUACAAAUCAAGAAGAAAAAGAUACUAUUGUUUUAGAGAAAGAUAAAACUCUACCGUUAUUAUUUGACUUUGAAAAAGAAAAUAAUAUUUCACAUGAAGAUUCAACUGGAAGAAAUCUUAUUACUAAAGCAUUCCAACGAAAUAUUGUAUUUAAUAACUAUUUAUUAGAAACUGAUGUUAUUGUAUCUAAAGCACCUAAAAUGUUCCAUUUUAAUUCAGAAGAUAAUAAAGAAAAUAUUUGUCCAAUUGUUUCAGAAGUUAUUACUCGCAGUGAUGGAACAAAAUUAGUUUAUAUCCAUGGGGAUGUAAUUAUUAGUAACAAAACUGAUAUGGACUUUGAUUUUUAUAGUAAGAAUCAAUUAAUAUCAGUUUCAAAACAUAGUGAACGAUCAUUACCCAUUCGUUUUAGUAGAGGAGAUUUAUAUAUGAAAGAUGGAAGUAAUGAACAAAAUGGCAUUAAAAUAGGAAGUAUUGACGAGUUGAUUGCAAAACAAUUUACUAAGAAAGUAGAAUUAAAUCAAUACUCUCCAAGUAAAACAGUAUUAGUUAAUAUACAGUUAAAGAAUAGAUUUGAAAGUCCAAGAGAUCAAGAGCUUAGAAUCGAAAUUAUGCCAACGUAUACUAUAGAAAAUAAACUUCCAUAUGAAAUGAAUAUUGGAAUUAAUGGAGAACUUCUAUCUAUUCCAUCCAAUGCCAAUAUUGAGUUAUAUCUCAAUAAACGUCAAAUUAUUUCAGUAAUGUUUAAGACAUUUGAGUCAUCUAAUUCUGUUGUUCAAGGAAAAUAUGAAUUAAAGAGUGGUACUUCAUAUGUUGAAGUGCAUGACACAUCCAAAAGAAAAGGAUAUUUAAUGGUAGAACAAACAAUAAUGUAUAAACAUGCUCAUAUUGUGUUUUAUGCUUCUAGUUUCAUGUUUAACUAUUCUAAUCAACCACUGUUUUUGGCAUCUAAUGAAAUGACUGGAAAGAAAGAAAUUGUUGGACUUCCAUCAGACGGUAUUGCAUGUAAUGGAAAACCAUUUGUUAUGUGUUUAAUUAAUUUAGAACCUAGUUCAAAUAAAAUUCAUAUUAAACCAAAUGACUGCAAUUAUGGAGAUCCUUGUUCAUGUACUGAAGUUGGAUUUAAGAAAGUUGUUGAUUGUAAACAAAGUAAUGGAAGUAUAAAAUCAAUCCGAUAUGAAAUUGAGUUAGGUAAACAAGGAUUUGCAAGAACUCGAUUUAUUAAAUUGUUUAAUAAUUAUAUUUUCUGUAAUACUACAAAAAAUAAGAUUAAAGUUAAUGCUGGUGGAGUUGAUAAUAUUAUUGAAAGUGAUAAUGGUAUUGAAAACGAAAAUGAAAGAAUUUCAAAAUGUUGCAAAGACCUUAUUAUUGGAGAAGGUGAAAGAAAAUUCAAAAUUGAAGUUAAUGAAGGAGUUAGUAUUGCGUUCCCAUUAGAUGAAGUUGCUGAAUAUCCAUGUAAAAUAGGAGGACAAGGAUAUGAUAUAUCUGUUAAAAAUUUUAAAAAUGCUACAUACAUUUCAAUAUAUGAAAGAAAAGAAGGAGCGUCUCCAUUUAAAAUUAUUAAUAACACUAAUACUCAAUUUACUGUUAUACAAGAUGGAAUUAAAGAAAUUGUUGAUGAGAAUAAAACUAUUGAUUAUUAUUUACCUAAUCCGUUAAAAGAACCUAAGGUUAGUAUAUGCGUUAAAGAAAAAGAGUGUAUAACUGUUGACUUAAAUAAAAUUAACAAAUGUUAUCGAUCUAUAGAUGGUGUUACUGUAAAAGUUAUUGUUAGAAAUGGAACAAGAACUUUGUUAUUAAGUAACAAGAAAGAAAUGAAUAAUAAAUUAACAAAACAAAAUAUGAACAUUAUUGCAAAUAUUACUCUUGAUAAAACAGUUAUAAAUCUAUCAAAUGAUUGGCCAGACGAUAUGUUGUGUGUUACAUUGGAUAAACUUUGUGUUAAUACAUUACUCACUUCAGAUCAAAUAAAAGUUGUAUUAAACUUAAAUGAUAUUCAAAUUGAUAACAUGACUCUUGGAUCACCUUAUCCAGUUUUAUUACUAACUCAUAAAGAAAAGGAUUCAAAACAUCAAAAACAAGCUCUCCAUAUAACAAUGAUUAAAAGAAAUGUCACUGACUUAUCCACAAUUGAAUUUGAAUAUUUCACUCUUUUACUUCAACAACUUGAUGUCAUGAUAGAUGGUGCUUCUGCGUUUGAUUUAUUAAAUUAUAUUUCUUCAUUACCAUUAGAACAAGCUCUUCCACCAUCUAAAGUUCUAUAUCAACCAUAUAAAAUAGAAAUUCCACCUGUAUCUCCACCAACUUAUUUAUAUUUCAAAGACUUCCAAUUACAACCAAUGAAAUUUGUCAUCACAUUUAAAUUAGGAAGUGGAUUGGACGUAUUGCCAUCAAAUGGUAUUACUACAAUUAUCAAGACAUUUGGAAGUAUGUUAGGUAAUCUAGACCAUUCACCAUUACCAAUAAAUAACUUUUUUGUAUCAAACUGUUAUGAAAAGACUGACAGGUUUGUGUCAAUGAUUAUUAACCAUGUCUCAUUCCAAGUUAUAAAGAAUUUAUAUCUUCUUCUUGGAUCUGUUGAUUUCUUAGGUAAUCCAGUAGGAUUAGUUUCAAAUGUUGGAAGUGGAGUUAAAGCCUUUUUCUAUGAACCUAUUCAAGGACUAACCGUUUCACCAACUGAGUUUGCUUAUGGAAUUGGAAGAGGAUCAAAAACAUUAAUAACAAAUACGGGAGCUGGUAUUUUAAAUAGUGCAAGUAAGAUAUCAGGUUCUUUAGCAUCUGGAGUUGCUAAUUUAACAAUGGAUGAACAAUAUAUGAAAGAAAGACAAAGAAAAAUGAAUAAAAAAGAAAAAGGGUUCAUUGGAGGAUUAACCAAUGGACUAAGCAGUCUUGGUAAUGGAGUUAUACAAGGUGUUUCUGGAGUUGUCAUGGAUCCAGUCAGAGAUACCAAAAAAGAAGGAAUUGUUGGACUAGGAAAGGGAAUUGGAAAAGGAUUAGUUGGAUUAGUUGCAAAGCCAUUAACAGGAGCUGUAGACUUAGUGUCAAGUACAACACAAGGUAUUGCAGAAACAAUUAAUGGAGAUGAAGCUGAAGAAAGAAAAAGAGAUCCUAUUAUUUAUUGUACCAAAAAAGGAAUGAGAAGUUAUACUAUUAAUACUAAAGAAGGUGAGACUGUUGAAGGAAAAACUCAUGAAGAAUGUAUUAAAAAGAUUUGUAUUAAUAAUAAUGAAAAUUAUAUUGACCUCAUAGAAACUGAAGAUAAUAAAAUUAUAGCAUUAACAAAUAAGAGGGUCAUUAUUAUGGAUUAUUUCCAUUUACACUUUAUUGAUGAAAUUGAAUUAAGAUAUAUUAAAGACAUUUCAACAGGAAUCAAUGGAAUUAAUUUAAAACUUAAUAAUGAACAAACAGUAUUUAUUCAUUAUGAAAAACCAACAUCUUGUCUUAUGUUACAAACAAAGAUUAAAGGGCUUGUCAAAAAUGUCCCAAAAACUUCCGUUAAUGAACAACCAAGACUACCUAUAACCCAAACACAAAAAAUAGAAGAUAAGUCAAAUAAUUCAAACUUAUUAGAAAGUCAAACUGAAACCAUAUCUGAUAGCACUAUUACGAAAACACCUUCUCAGACUACUGACAGUAGUUCAAUAAUCAAUUCAAUAGAUAGUGAUUCGUCUGUUACUGGUAAUAUUUCAAUAAAAUGCAUGCAACACCCUUCCUCUGAUUUUGUUGAAGAUGAUGUACAAGAAGAACUGUUACAAGUACCACAUUUUAUUUUGAAAAAUAAAGAACAAAGAAAAUCUGAGAAACAAGAAAUUAAAGAGGCUAAAAAACAAAUGAAAGCAGAAGAAAAAGCAAUUAAAAAACAACUAAAACAAGAAAAAAGAACUUCAACUCACCAAGAUAAAGUAGACACCCAAGAUGGUUCAUCUAAUGAUAAUAUUGUUAAUACUGAUGGAACUUCUUUAAUUGGUUCAACAUCUUCAUCAAGUGAAUCAAUAAGUUAUGGGUCUCAAUCAUCUACAGAAGAAGAAAAGAAGAAGAAACGUUCAUUGUUUAAAGGAAUCAAAAAUGUAGUUGGACAUUCUUCAGAUGAUAAAAAGAAGUUUGGAAUUUUUUAA